UGAUUUAGGACGACACUAUGUGCAGAUACCAAUUGUGGAGCUUUCGCAUUCAUCGAAGAUUUCAAUUGACAUAGAAAUGAGAUCCAUUAAUGCCUUAACAACUGUAAAAGGCUUGUCUCUUAUUUCCAUGCCAUGUGAAAGUAUUAUUCCAUGGUCUUCAAGUCAAGAAGAUGACCUGCCGAACAAGAUAAAACAUCUUGGGUGUUUCAAGGAUCCAACCAACUCAACAUCAGGCCACAUUCCAUCCUUGGAGAGCAUUGAUGAUCUCCUAACUGGCAGCUACAAGAAACGAACAGAUGCCGUUUCAAAAUGUGCAAGAGCUGCAUAUAGACGGGGGUUUGAGGUGUUCGCUCUUCAAAAAGGCGGGAAAUGCUUAGCGAGCCUGUCAGCGGAGCACGUGUAUUCUAGGCACGGGGAUAGUGCUGUAUGCGGUCAGUCUGGAAAAGGAGGGAUACAAGCAAACGACGUCUAUGUGAUGAAUCGAUCCUGCCCAAUGAACAAUACUAUGUGCGAAUGGAAGAAACAUGGCAGUCAGUUUAUUGAAAAAGAAAGAAUUAAGAAAUUUGCAAACUUUGUGGAAAUAAAAUCAACAAACAUUCCUGUAACAGUGCAGUUGCUGAAAGGAGUCCUCAUUACAUCACAAGGGAUAUUUGACCUGCAAAGACAAUUCACGAUCUGUUUCUGGGUGAAGUGUGAUCUUCAUAGAUUCUCAAUAACUCUCAUGCACACAGAAAAAAAUACCACAAUACACAUCGAGCAAGAAAACUGCCAGGUUCUCUUCGUGCUUCUUGGCCAAUCCUCGCGCGCUGAAUAUUGUACCUGUGAUGGCAUGUGGAACCAUUUGUGUUUUACGUGGAGAUCUCUUUCUGGUGUAUGGGAAAUAUAUAUAAACGGUCAGCUUUACAGCUUUGGUAGAGCUUGGAAUCGAGGAAAGAUUUUACCUGUUCUAAAACGCAUUACUUUGGAAAACCAUAAAUCGAACGUCACUGCAUCGAAUGACCCGAUUUCAUUCACCGGGCUUAAUAUUUGGAAAGAUAUAUUUCCUCCAGGGGAAAUACUGCGCAUGUCAUAUGGAUGUGGAGGAGAAGGGGUUAGUGGUAAUGGUGACGUCAUAUCGUGGGAGACCUUGAAAAGUACACUGAAAGGAAACUACGAGGUCAAUAACAAUGUUGACUGUCUCCUGCAACAAGGGGUACAAUUUAUGAAUUCCUCAUCAGCCAUUAAUGGCACGGCUGAGUUGACUCAGCUGUUCAAUCGAUCCUCUACAGGAAAACCAAAGUGCAUGAGUUUUCUUUACAUGAUAAUUGGAACAGGCCCACUGUCACURAUGGUUUUACAGAAAAUCCCAGUGAUUGGAGAGAAAAUAGUGUGGAUAGAUGACAAUGCUACUGAUGUGCCCGUGUGGAAGAAAGGGGAAGUUUCUUUAGCAACGGUAACAAAGUAUAAGGUAACCGUCAGAGGAAAAUUCCAGGCAAAUUCCAAUGGAUUCAUAGCAAUCGGGGAUUUAUCAUUUACAGAUGGAUAUUGUAAACUCUGGCAACAAUAUGCUGAAAAAGCAUGUGCAAUGGUUUUAACCAGCUUGUCCGGGGUGAUUACAUCACCCAUGUACCCAGCGGCCUAUCCUCCAGGAUCUAUAUGUACAUGGUAUAUCAAAGUGCCUAAGGGAAUGGUUGUUAGCCUUUCUACAGAAUUCUUUGCAUUAAAUUUAACUUCACGUUGUAAUGAGGACUACAUCGCUGUCUAUGACGGACCAUCACGUGAACACUCACCAAUGAUUGGCAGAUAUUGUGGUUCAACUAUUCCUAGAAUACUGUCAAGUUCGAACACACUCACAAUGCUGUUCAAUUCUACAACUCCUUUCAAGUAUAAAGGUGGUUUCAAGAUCAAAUAUUCCGCAAGAGUUGAGCCUCCUGGUACCAAAAACUCAGAACAAUGCCCUGCAAGCUGCAAAUGUUUUUAUACUUCUGGUGACAAGCAACGUCUCGUUGUCGAAGGGCAAUCGCUGUCUAUUGUACCAGGCAACAUCCCAGAUGAUACAGCAGUCUUGAUAUUUUUCAAAAACAACAUUAAUCGCAUGAAAUCGAAAGAACUUAGCUUGAUGAGAGUGUUAGAGUACAUAGAUUUGAGUGACAACAAAAUGUUAUACAUCGAUGACGAAGCAUUCAGUGCCUUAGAAUCUAUCCAAACCAUAAAACUAAACAUGAAUUUCCUUAGAAGUCUAGGCGAAGAGCCUUUUCACAAACUCCGCUCUCUACAAGUAUUGGACCUGGCAGAAAACUUAAUCGAUCAAAUUCAUCCUGAUACCUUCCACACAUUGGUCAAUCUUAAAGUUCUUUUCUUAAAUGACAAUAAAAUCAAGCAAAUCUCAGAAGGUGCAUUUCGAGGGCUUCGUUCUCUAGAUCGAAUGCAUCUUCAGCACAACAAGUUUGCAGUUGUACCGGAAACUACAUUCUCAGAUAUGGAGAACCUCAAAUUUCUGGAGGUUGACUACUUUAUGCUCUGCUGCUACGCAAAGAGAUACGCACCAAACGUCUACUGUGACGCCCCGGCACAUGAGUUUUCUAGCUGUGACGAUCUCAUGAAGAACAAAGCUGCAAGAGUUUGCAUUUGGAUUCUUGGGAUUCUGGCUUUCUUGGGAAAUAUAUGUGUCGUUGUCUGGCGACUCUCUUUAAGCGAGGACAAUAGAGUCCAGUCGCUUCUGCUUACCAACCUGGCCAUUUCUGACUUCCUGAUGGGUGUGUAUCUCCUAAUAAUUGCAAUAAAAGAUGCACAGUGGCAAAAAGUAUACUUCACGAAAGACUUCCAGUGGAGGAACGGGAAUGUGUGCAAGUUUACUGGAGCACUUUCUAUGCUGUCCAGUGAAGUAUCUGUUCUGAUGUUAACCAUCAUUACGGCCGAUCGACUAAAAUCGAUUGUUUAUCCCUUGAAGUUUAGAAAACUCUCUUACAAAAGUGCUUUGGUGAUUUGCCUCGUCGUGUGGGUUUUCGGACUGAUAAUUACUUUCUUGCCAACAACUUCGCUCGAGUAUUUUUACGAUGAGGAUGCAGAGAUGGGAUUUUACGGGCGUUCUUCAGUCUGUCUUCCCCUGCAGCUUUCCACAUCUCGUCUGGCCGGUUGGGAAUACUCAGUUAGCAUCUUCAUUGCACUCAACUUUGCUGCCUUCGUCUUCAUAUUUUUUGCAUAUCUUGCAAUCUUCGUCACGGUAAAAAGAUCUUCAGCCAAGACCAAUUCCAAGAACGCAAGGAAAGAGGCAGCCAUGGCAUGGAAAGUAAUGGCUAUCAUCCUGACUGAUUUUYGUUGUUGGAUGCCAGUCAUCAUCAUGGGGGUGCUUUCCCUCACCGGCAAUUUCCACGAUCCUCAAGGUCUUGCUUAUGUCUGGAUUGCAGUAUUUGUCUUACCAGUCAACUCUUCAAUCAACCCCAUACUUUAUACAUUUUCUAACGCUGAUGUAAGAAAGAAGUUCAUUAGCUAUUUCAUGAUCAGGUCAUUGAAUGGUAAUCACAGAAACACUGCAUCGACUGGAGUGACAUCGCAGGCUACAGAGAUGAAAAAGCAAGAUUCCCAAGUAUCUACUAUUCCGGCAAGCCUUAUACUAAAUGAAGUGUCAACAGUACUCCAGUCGGACAAAGAUACCAGUGGAGUGGGUUACUUGACGUGCUGGGAGAAGAAURAUUCAGAGUCUUUGUUGUUACUGAAGUGUUUCCUACCAGAAAACCAUGUCAAUUGGAUUCGAGAGGUCAAUCUUCUGAAGCUGUUGAGCAAAGGAACAGAAAAUGAAAACCUGAUGAAUUAUAAAUGGCAUACCAUAGUAAGAAAUAUUGAAAUUGAAACAAACAACGUCGAAAUUCCUGGAAUACCGCUUUCGCCAAACUGUAGUGUGAUUUGCUUUGGAUUUUCGAUGAAUUAUAUCCCACUCAUCAAGUUCCUGAAAGACUCAGAAUCUAUUGCCAGGGUUGAUCAGCUGUUCGCGGUAAUCCUAGACGUUCUUAAGGCAGUUGAAAAACUCCACAUAUCUGGUGUUAGUCAUGGAGAUGUCGCUGCACACAACAUCUUGAUUGAGCAUAAUGCCUGCAGUAGGUUUCCACAAAUCCGUGCGAUUUUGGGUGGGUUUGACAAAGCAAGAAUUGUUAAGUCAACCGCAAGGGCUGCUCAGGCAUACAAGACAGACAUAAAUCAAGUCGGUAACCUUAUUGAAGAAAUGAUGAUCAUUUGUGGUCACAGUGGAAAGUUUGAAGAAGUCAGUGACGUGAUUGAGAUGUGCUUUCAGGAAUCUUCUGAAUGGCGACAAAAAAUGGCGGAAAUCAGAGGUUUCUUUGAACAGUCUGCGUUUGAUGAUGACCGCGAAUAACAGAUGGAGAAAUUGAAGUGACAGGAACACGAAAGAGUAAAUACAGUGGACCAAAGAGCAAGGAAAAGGCUGUUUACACGUUAUAUAAUAUAUAAAGACAAACUACAUGUAGUUUUCGCACGCUAGUUCGCACAUGCAUGCUCACUAUCUUUAGGGAGUACAAUCGUUUUCAACCAAUCAAAACACGCUUAUAGAAGUCACUAUGUGAAAACUCUUAUCUUUUAAAUUGAAAUUCUAAGCUUUUGAAGUCGAUGAACUCUUGAAGGUUUCUUAGCUUCUUUUGUGGUUCCAUGUGGGAUGUUUAUACAAGUCUUCUCAAUAACAACAACAACAACAACAACAACAACAACCGGCCAAAGACAAAAGAAAAUAUGGUUUCGUGUCUCUGGUUUAGUGUAUCAGCAAACUGCAUUUAAACACCAACUGAAUCGAGUGCUUUCUCUCAGCGAAAACCUACGUAUGAAUAGGAUAUAAAUAAUUAUAUGUAGARAAGAAAUACGUUAUAUAGCAGAAUAAGCCUUUUUCCCCAUAGCGUCAUUUCCAUUUCUGUCCAAUGGCGCU